UCAUCAGAGAGCUGAGCCGAUGAGAUCAUGGAGCCAGCACCGAGGUCGGACAGGGUACGUUUUGAUGUCAGAGUGAUGGAGAGGUGCCUGUCCGGUAAGCGAGCACACCCGUUGCGUGCACACCUGGAUUCUGUGGCACCACCAUCAUUUGGCACCAUUAUUUAGACAAAUGAAACUGUGCUAUUAGUUUGUGUAGCAGAUUAAUUAUUAUGUAAGGUACUAGCUGGAAGUCAUGUAGCCGUGUGCAUAUGAGCAAGAAACUAAUCCUUCAUGCCGUGGUCGUAGUAGAGUUAUUCGGGCGUCGGUGAUCAGGCUACAGAAGCACAUGCCAAACGACCCUUUUCGCUCGAGUAAACGUGAAAUAUGAAGCAGUUUUACGCAAAAGUUUUUACCACAGGUUGGCAGCAUGUUGGAUUAUGUGAGAGGGGCUCUUGCGGACAAAUGUUACGAGGAAAAUUAACGAGGUCCGCUGACAUUACCUCAGUGUAGGUGGUGACUCCAGUUCUUCUUUUUGCGGCAACAGCUGGCUGCCAACUCAGAAGACAGUGCAGAGGUCUGAGGCAGAGUCCAUGAUGACCUGCUCUGUAGAUGAAGCCACAAGACCUCCGGCCUGUGUGUCUGGGAGCCCUCUAGCCAACAGUCACUGCUACUUUCUUCUAAUAGGACAACAUAAGACUCAUCCUCAAACCUUACCUAAACAGGAAUGGACAGAUAAAAACUGAGAGGCCCAGAAGUGGCCUUUAUUCCAAACCUUUUGAAUUAUCGUUCCAUUAAGGGACAUGAAAGUAUACCCAACAAUAACCGAUUCCUCCCAAAGGUGUACUUCUACCAUAUGAAAUAUGCCUUUAAACAUCCGAGCGAAGCCCUCGCAGGGCAAGCUAGCUCCUGUCUCAAAAGAUGCUGGCCCAUCUCAUUCACGUUUCUCUAGAUCCCCCAAAAAAGGCAAGCAGGCUGUAAGCUCAGCACCAGGCUCCCGCUCUGGACUAGAGCCUGGCUCUGUGUCUGGGGGUCUCCCUGCUCCAUCACCUAAACCAGCUGGAGGUCAAGGAUCAGUGUCAAGACCAGCUUCCAAGAUCAAAGCUGGUUCGUCAGCAGAGAAAGACAGCUCACAUGGCUCAGCAACAGCUCCAGGGGGUAAAACAAUGUCCAUGGAGAACAUCCAGUCGUUGAGUGCUGCUUAUGCCACUUCAGGCACCAUGUACCCCUCUGAGCGGGAGUCCUUGGAACCCUCUGGUGGGUACCCCAAAGGUACCAUGACACUGGGCAGGAGCACCAGCCGCUCAUCCUACACUAAUCGAACAACGGCCAUGGGAAGCAGUCCCAACAUCACUUCUUAUGGGCUGCAUCACCCUUCAGACCCCUAUGGAGACCAAACCUUGCAUACUGCAGGGAGUUCCAGCCUGCGGCGCCAAUCUGGGAGGCAUCCGCAGGCACCGGACUCUACUACGGGGCGUGGGGAGGGAUCCACGUUUGAUCUCCAAGCCCAGCUGAGGGAGCUGCAGAGGGAGAAUGACAACCUGAGGAAAGAGUUGGAUGUAGGGAGGGACGGACGGAUGGGCCACAGUAUGAACAAUGUCAACUUCUGGAGCCCGGAAGUAAAAAGAGACAAGGGGGUAAGGCGUGAGGAGGGAGUAAGGACCUCGGUUUUGAAGGACCCGUACAGGACUAACCAGGAGGACUUACAGCUGCAGUCUGAAGACACCAGAAGGAUCAAGCAGAUUCCAUUGACAGUUCAGGAGCUUCAGGAGGAGCUGAGGGCUCACAGGGAGAUGAACAGUCGCCUCCAGCAGCAGCGACAGCAGGGUAACUCUAGCUCCUAUCGAGAACUCCACACAGACCAGGACCACAGAGGGGGGCUGAGCCCUGGCCACAGCCCCAGACAAAGCCCCAGCAACCUGCACAGUCCUGGCCCAAAGAACAGCUUGAGAGCCAGCCCAUCCAAUACGUACAACCCAAGGCAACAGGAAGCUGAUGUCAUCAUUCACAGCCCGGGGUAUGGCUGCAAUGCUGCAAUAAGUGUGCAGAGAAUCAGCCCUGCUAACACCCUCCAGGCUGGGCCGAGGAACAGUCUAAGUCAGCCCCUCUACAGCCAAGGUCCCCAGUUAGCACCCAGCUCUGGCUCACUUCGACCCUGCAGCCCCUGCCAGGUACCCGGGUGUGACGGCUUCUCCUCGCCCCCAGCUCUGGAUCCAUCAGAGGAGAAUUUCUUCAGGCUGCAGUCGGAGCACGAGCGGCAGGCCAAAGAGUUGAACCUGUUGAGGAAGACCAUGGAGGAGAUGGAGAUGAGAAUUGACUCUCAGAAGCAGACGCUGGGAGCCCGGGACGAGAGCAUUCAGAGGCUGCUGGAGAUGCUUCAGGGCCAAGGCCAAAGUCAGGGACCCUGGGGUCGGGGACAGCGGACAGGCAUCAUUACCAUGGCAGCUCAAGAGGCUGAAGCUCAGCUGGAGAACAUGCAUGUGAGAGAGAACACCAGCCCCCCUUUCUGUUUUGAUCCUGAUGUUAUCUGGCAGGACACCAAGAUCUCUUCCCUGGAGAGGAACAUCAGAGACUUAGAGGAUGAGGUCCAGAUGUUAAAGACCAGCGGCCUGCUGCACCCUGAUGACAGGCAGGAAGAGCUCAAGCAGGUGGAGGUCUACAAGAGCCAUUCCAAAUUCAUGAAGACUAAGGAGCAGGCCUUGUCACCAUGUGUACCUUCCAUCAGAACAGCUCCCACCUUCCUCCUUCCCACUCAACAGCCCUGGAUCACAGAACAAGCAGAAAUAGAGCAGCUGAAGCAGGAGCAGAACCGGAAGGAGACAGAGAUGCAGGCCCUGCAGACCAAACUGGAAACCCUGACCAAUCAGAACUCGGACUGCAAGCAACACAUUGAGGUGCUUAAGGAGUCGCUCAGUGCCAAGGAGCAACGCGCCAAUACGCUGCAGACAGAGGUAGAUGCUCUGCGGGUGCGUCUUGAAGAGAAAGAGCAGUUUCUGACGAAGAAGACCAAACAGCUGCAGGACUUGACUGAUGAGAAGAGCACACUCACAGGAGAGAUCAGAGACAUGAAGGACAUGCUGGAUGUGAAGGAGAGGAAGGUUAAUGUCCUGCAGAAGAAGAUUGAGAACCUGUUGGAGCAGUUGAAGGAUAAGGACAAACAGCUGGCUGGUUUAAGAGAAAGAGUCCAGGGCCUUCAGACUGACUCGAGCAACACAGACACAGCCCUGGCCACACUGGAGGAAGCCCUAUCUGAAAAGGAACGGGUGAUCGAGAAUUUGCGCGAGCAGAAGGAGCGAGACGACAGGGUUCGGCUGGAGGAGCUGGAACAGAUGAGGAAGGAAAACCAGGAAUUAAAGGACAAACUUUCAGCCCUCCAGCCCCUGAAAACCCAGACUCUGCCUGUUAACCCCAGUCUGACCCAGAACCAGAGGCCCGAUGGAGAGGUCACAGCAAAAGUAGAUGGGUUACCAACAGGAAGCCCCACGACCCAAAACAUGGAAGAAGCAUUACGGAAGUGUCCAGACAUCACAGAUCGCCUGAGGCUCCUGGAGCAGGAGGUUGCCCGCAACAGAGAGGAGUCUGUGAAGUCACAAGCAGAGGUGGAGAGGCUAAUGGGAGCCUUGCGGGAUGCUGAGGUGGACAAAUCUAGCAAGGAGAAGAAAAUCGCUGAUCUUGAGAGCAUCUGCAGACCAGGGCAAAUCAGGUGCCCCAACAUCCAGAAGCAGAUAGUGCCGGGUGAGAUGAGGAAAGAAAUCGUGGCUGAUGGACAUCCACACUCUUUGUCACAGCCUACUCUGUCAGCUUCCCAGGAUGCAAUGCGGAACACGGCGGAGCGGAUCCGGGAGUUGGAGACUGCACUGAGAGAGAGCAUGAACACUUCGUCGCAUAGGGAGGCUCUCUGGGCGCAGGAGGAGGCUGAGCGUGUUCAGGCCCAGAGACAGCUGGAGGAGCUGAUGGGGGCUUUGGAGAAGACCCGCCAAGAGCUUGACGCAACCAAGAUGCACCUGUCUUCCACUCAGCAGUCGCUACACGAGAGAGAUGGACACCUUAAUAGUCUUCGCCAGGAGAGACGCAAACAACUUGAAGAGAUUCUGGAGAUGAAGCAGCAAGCUUUGUUGGCAGCUAUCAGCGAGAAGGACGCUAACAUCGCCCUGCUGGAGUUAUCCUCCUCCCAUAGGAAGAAAGCCCAGGAUGAAGUGAUCGCACUGAAGAGGGAGAAAGACAGGCUAAUGCACCAACUCAAACAGCAGACUCAAAGCAGAAUGAAGCUGAUAGCAGACAACUAUGAGGAAGAUCACAUCCAUCCCCAACACCAUCCGCAUCAUUCGCACCACUUGCAUCCAGCAAACAUGCACCACCGUAGCCUGCCAAGAGGGCCCCCCCAUGCCAACCACCGGCCCCCAAUGGACCAGGAUGAUGAAGAGGGAAUAUGGGCAUGAUGAUCGCCACCAUGGUAACUGCAUCCAUGUGACCACACUGCCUGUAAAGCCAGGUACCAAGAGGUUCAAGAGCUGCAAGUAUACACAGUGAAGCACCCUAAAUCUCUCCACCAUCAUGGCCAUCAGACAUUCAUAUACACAGAUAUACACAUCCUCCAGGAGCCAGCAUUUCAAUUUAAUGUGGACAAGCUCAGCUGGUCACAAAUUCUCCAUCUUACCCAUGAAUGUCUCCUUCACUGACAAACACAUUGGCCCACUGAGUACUUAAGCCCGUUGUGGGUGAAUGUCCCUCAGCAGAGCAUCAGUCAUCAGCGUGGAGCUUCAAGGUAUUGGCAAGCGGUCCACUGCCUUCAUUUCCCUGCCUGUUUUCAAUAGACUGGGAGCUGGAUUCAUUUACAGUACUGCGGUGCUACAGAGUUCUGGCUCCAUAUCAAGCGACAAUCACUCCACCGCUGUCGACUACCAGUGUGGCUAAGCUGAGCCAGUGGAACUAACCGUAAACCCAUGCCAAUCCUGGACUGGUUUAUGAUGGCAUGAAUGUGUUUACAUCUGCAGCUAAAUAGCGAACUUCUGUAAAUAUCACAACAUGGACCUCAGAAUCUGCAAUCCACAGAGACCUUCUCAAUGUACCGUGCCAAAGGAGACAACCCUGUCUGCUGAAACAAAUUACCGCAAUGGGACUGUGUCUGAAUUGUUUGGACUACUCAGUCAACUGACAGUCUCCCAGUUCCUGCAGAGAGAUCAACAAGAAAAGUGAAUUUGGGCUUUAAGAUGCCCCACAAAAAAAAACAGUUUGAGGCUCAGCUUACAUCUUCUCAAAAGAAUCAGGACCUUUUAUUAGAGUGGAAGGAAACUCUGCUGACCUCAAAUCAGCCACCUUACUGUAAGAAAAGUCUGUUUUUACGUUUCUCCUUGUGUUCUUUUAGCCUGCUGUGCAUUUGUUUAAUGAACCAAUAUCAUGUUCUGUCUGCUUUUCUACUUCUGAAACAGAGUGCCACUCAACUUUUUUUUUAGCUGUGUGUGACUUCUUACGCUGAUGAUGAUGAUGAUGACGUAUUAUUUUGUUGUCUGUGUAUUCCUGUGAAUCUGAGUGGCUAAUCAGUUUCUAAUGAAGUGACUUGCAUUUGAAAGCACUGUGUCAUUAUAUUUUUCUCACUGUACUGGAGGUUAACCUGAGGUGACUUUAAAAGGGUACAGUAUUGUUGUGUUUUCAUUCAACAGUAUAGCAGUGUUUCCAUUUUCCUCUUACUUAACAUGUACAGUUUUUGUACAGUGUGUGUGCGUGUGUGUGUGUGUGUGUGUGUGUGUGUGUGUGUGUGUGUGUGUGUGUGUGUGUGUGUGUGUGUGUGUGUGUGUGUGUGUGUGUGUGUGUGUGUGUGGUUUCAUGCCGCUCUCAUAACCGGGGGGUUCACAGCCUUGACUUGUUCCACGGUGUUUUGCAGCGGUCAGCUUGUUUCUGUUGUUUGAAUAAAAAUUUGUUUUCACUAGA